AUGUCGUCACUAACCGAGGAGGAUGGCGCGCAAUAGCUCGUCUAACUUUGAACCAGCGGUGGGUGGGAGCUACGAGUAUCUGAAAGAACGGAGUUCUACUCAGUCUGUCCGCGGCCGUCCGUCAAGUCGAGUUCGUCAAGACGAACCCAUGACUUCCAUUUGAUUCGUAACACGCGUGGAUUGUGGGGAGCAACCCCGUCGUUGAAAAAGCAACAUAAAUAAAUAAAAGGAUAAGUUAGAACGGAAAGUGUCAAUUAAAUGAAAACGAAUGCAACGAAUAAAUCGCAACGAUCGAUAACUCGCACGAAGAAUUUGAUUGACUACAAGUCGGUGUAAAGUGUGCCGCGCUUAAAAGUUUGACAAUGUGGAUUUUACAUAUGUUAAUGGGUCUUCUGGCCCUAAAUGCUUGGAAUUAUCAACAUGUAACGGAAGCUGUCAAUAUCGAGACAAAACAUUACACUACUUACAGAGAGGAAGAGGGUUCUAUGUUUGGAUUCUCUAUCACGGAAUAUCGAGAUUACAGGAGUUACGGAUGGGUAAUUGUCGGAGCACCGGAAGCACAAACGUCACAGAGGGACGUAUAUCGCGGUGGCGCUGUCUACAAAUGCGACAUCAUGGCCGACAAUCGAUGCGUCCAGAUCGAUUUCGAUAGGAGUGGAAACAACUACAACACCAACCCCUAUGUUCAAAUUGACAAUAAAACCUUGCAGUGGUUUGGCGCGACAGUUUCAUCUUCGCACAAGGAUGGAGGACCACUUUUGGCCUGCGCACCGAGGUACAUAUGGUUCUCCAGGAAGAUAACCAUGAGGGAACCGGUGGGCACCUGCUGGAUCACGAACUUCACGAACUCCUUCGAAUAUUCUCCGUGCCGAACGAGUCACUGGGGUUACCAUAGGCAAGGUUCGUGUCAGGCUGGAUUGGGCGCCGCCGUGUCCAAGGACGGGGACAGACUCUUCAUCGGAGCACCGGGCAGCUGGUUCUGGCAAGGUCAGCUCUACUCCAUUGACAGCCGAGUCACGUUUCCAUUCAUACCACCUAGGUCCGCCUACUUCGGGGCCUUGAAAGAAGGUCAGGUAUUCUCGCAGUCUGCCGUCGAUAAAUCCAGGGUCAUGUUCACCAAGGAGGGUCUUGACCAAGAGGAUGACAGUUAUAUGGGCUAUUCCGUAGCUACUGGAGACUUCAUUGGAAAUGGAAAAAGCGGUAUCGCUGUGGGCAUGCCACGUGGUGUUUAUCUGAAGGGAAAGGUCCUACUCUUUACGUCUACCAUGGUAAAUCAUCAAAACAUAACCGGGGAACAAAUGGGCGCCUAUUUCGGAUACGCUGUGGCAUCUGGUGACAUUAACGGAGAUGGUUUGGAUGAUGUCAUCAUAGGUGCACCCAUGUACACGGUACCUAACAAUCCUGAAAAGUCGUUCGAGACUGGUCGGGUUUACGUUUAUUACCAAGGCAGGGAUUCGUCUAACUUCCAAAUAAACGACCACAGAGAUGGGCUGAUACAUAGAGGUCGCUUCGGUCUAUCGUUGGCAUCCUUGGGUGAUAUAAAUCGUGAUGGUUAUGGUGACUUUGCCGUUGGUGAACCCUACGGUGGUUCAGAGGGUCGCGGGGCCGUUUAUAUUUAUCAUGGUUCUUCUGAAGGUGUCCUUGAGAAAUCCUCUCAGGUGAUCGACGCUGCGAACCUCGAAACACCGAUACAAACGUUUGGCUUCUCCAUAGCUGGUGGACAUGACCUGGAUCAGAAUGGCUACCCCGAUUUGGCUGUAGGAGCCUAUGAGUCUAACACUGCCAUGUUCUUUAGAUCUAGACCUAUCAUCAAGAUGAAUUCCUACGUGGUGUUCGAAUUGGAUUCGAAGGUUAUCGACCUGGACAUUCGUACCUGCACGCUCUCGAAUCUCGUUGAGGUUACGUGUCUUCCAUUGAAAGCCUGUCUAACUUAUUCUGGUGACGGUGUAUUACCUCGUCACGAGUUUGAUGUACAAUACGUUCUGGAUGUGAAGAAGCCAAAGGCUCCGCGUAUGUUCUUCCUGGAUCAUGAAGAAAACAGCACCAUGAGUAGCACCAUUCUCGCGGAACGCAAUGUAGAAUACUGUCGCACUGUCAAGGUCUACGUGUCAUCGGAAAUACGCGACAAGCUCACGCCUUUUGACGCCGAGAUGAGAAUGAGUUUGAAAGAGGAUCACCUUUAUGAUUACAGUCCAAGGAAUCCUAGGACACCGUUGAGGCCUGUCCUAGGUUCCACCACGUCCCGGAAGGACACAUUUUCUAUUAGAAAGAACUGUGGUUCUAACAACAUUUGUGUACCGGAUCUUCAGCUGACCGUUAAGCCUAAUGUAGACAAAUAUCACGUGGGAUCUGGAAAAAGAUUGAACUUGACUGUUCUGGUUCAGAACAUUGGCGAGGACGCGUUUGAAGCUAUGUUCUAUCUGAAAUUGCCACCUGGAAUUAAUUAUGUAAAUACAGAACAGGCCAAAAUGAGCGAAAUUGUGGUACAGUGCUCGCUGCGAACCCAGUCGAAGAAUAAUGUAUUGCGUUGCGAUAUAGGGAAUCCAUUUCCUGGAAAUAAGUCUAUCAAGUUUGAUGUAAUACUUCAGCCAACAACGUCUGACGAGAUGGAAGCCACUUAUGAAUUGGAGAUGAAUGUCAACACGACUAAUCCCGAAAAAGACACUAUGAGUGACAACCGGCAGUAUCUCUCACUGCCCAUCUGGGUAGAGACUGUACUUGAUAUUGUAGGCGAGAGCAGGCCCAAGAAUCUGUAUUAUAAUCCUGACAAUUUCACUGCUGAGAAUAUCACUACGGAAUUGGAAUUUGGUCCGGCCUUCACUCACAAUUAUACAAUAAGUAAUCGGGGUCCAAAUAGAAUUCUUAAAGCAGAAGUUUAUCUGGUAUGGCCUGCAAAGACUAUAGCUGACGAGGAACUUCUUUACUUACUCGAACAACCAGAGGUGUCUAAACCAAUUACUUGCGAAUCUGCCAAUGCCAAUUACUUGAGUCUUCGGUUGGAUGAAAGACGUGAGAGCCAUAUGAGAUCUGGAAACUUGGCAGGCGUCAACCAUCAGGAGUCAUCGUCCAAGAAAACGAUAAAUGUACAACGUGAAUACGAACUCACCGACGCUGAGCGUAGAAAACUUGAGAGAGAAAUGAGCGAAGCGAACACUGAUGUUGGUUCGGAAAUUCACAGAACGCAACAAAAGAUUAAUACUGUCAAUACUGAAACAAGAUGGAAGCAACAUCAGGAGUCGGAUGGUGCUAUGAGUGGAAGCGGUUCUUUCGAUAAUAGAGAUCAAUUUCAUACUAAUGUACAGAAGACCUCUGAAAUAACCGGUAAUUUAUCCGGGCAGGGAUCUAGGGUUCAGUCAAAUGCAAACACUGGUUUCCAACAUCAGUGGGACACUGAGGAAACUAUUGGCGGAUCUGAUCUGAGUUUGAUGAAUAAUAGUGAAGACCUAAAGCAAUUCUUCAGUAAGCUGGGGAACGAUGAUAGUGCUUACGAUAUUUAUAACGAAGACGGCAAACAGUUUGUCAUGUUCAAGGGUAGAUUCCGUGCGGCAGCCGACGGGAAGGAGUACAUAGAAUUUAAAGAUGGCAAUAUAUUAGAACUUAUGAAUGAAUACGGAAAGCCAAGUUAUACCUCCAGCGAUCAGAGUGUACAACAUCAAAGUAAUUUCUUAAGACUAGAAGGUCAAUUGAUAACUGGUCACGAUGGCAAACACUACAUCCAAUUAAAGGAUGGCAAAAUGAUUCCAUUGAAAACUUCAUAUACUUACACAGAAAGAAGAACGUAUUCUACAGAUGGUGAACCCAGAGAAUCUUCUAGGACAUACUCAUCAGGUGGUCAAAGGUACCACGAGGUAGCGCAGGAAGCAGAUAAUGCUGGUAGAACAUACGGAAAUUCUUGGCACGAGAAAUCCUCAAGUCGUGACAAUAAAGAAGGUGGUGCUUUCGAAAUAUACAGGUCACAAACCCACGAAGAGAAGCACUCUUCUGAGAAGAAGUACAACACCAGAGUCUACGGCAGGGACAGUGACGUAAAUGUUCCUGCGGGUGACAAUGUGCCAACCAAUCGACCUGAUCAACGUCGUAAUUAUAGAUAUAGAAGAGAGAGUGACGUGAUGAGCGUCGAGGAGUUCAGAAGAUACGAGAAGCGUCAACAUCAUCAUCACCACCACAGACACCGUAGAGAGGAUAAUUUCGAUCAAAUUCCUGACUACGCGAAAGACAUCGAUGCGGACAUCCAGUUUCCUCAGUGUACAGCUGCCAAGUGUAUUGUACUGCAUUGCAGUAUAGAGUCCUUAAAUAAGGAUGAAGAAGCCUGGAUUAGUACCAGGUACAGGGUCAAGGCCAGUACACUGAAGAAAUUUGCCUUCAAUGAGCAAGUAGAAGUCUCGACUAAACUCAUCGCUCAGGUUACUAAACAACCCUACAUUGGCGCCCCCAGGGAUCGAGUUGUCUAUAGUUCCGAAGUUACUACCAGCUUGCAGCCUACUGCAUUACCAUUGGCACCUGAUGUCGUUCCUCUCUGGGUCGUUGUACUCUCCGCUUGUGCUGGAACGAUAAUACUACUUUUACUUAUAUAUCUUCUUUAUAAGUGUGGAUUCUUCAAGCGUAACAGACCGUCCGACGUUCCAGAAAGGCAGCCGUUGAAUAGAAACGGUCAUUUUUAAAGGAAGAUAAAUCCUAAGCAAAUAAUAGAAUAUGUUGGAAUGCUCAUCUGAUUCUCGAAUAACGAGUGAAUUGUUACUGUUGACGAACAGCUUUCAGAAAUUACGUAUGCGAGACUGUGCACGUAUAUCUUUUUUUUUAAACACAUGCCAUAGCAUUCAAUGAAAUCGCGAUGGGCGAAGUCUAUUGGAAGAUAGUAAAUAAUCGACUGGCGGUUUUUAUCCGCGAUAUUACAAAGCCGCGUCGUAUCUGUUUACAAUAAGCGAUGCGAAGACGAUCCGAGCGAGUUUUAUACAUUUUGAUAUAUUUAACAGACGCGAGAGUGCCUUAACGACGUUCUCAAUUGUACUAAAAAAGAAAGAAACUUAUAUUAGCGUUUUUUUGUUCGUAUUUAGAAAUCUAAAACAUACUGCCAACGAUACUCCUUUCCAGCUCCGUGCACUUUGCCAUCCCCAUGGAAGUUUCUAGUCAGAAACAAUUUUAUACUUAUAUAAGCCGCGCAUGCGCGGUACAAGUUUCGAACGAACGAAAUUCAAAUUCGCGUCGCCCGUGUACAUAGAGAUGUUCUUUUUUUCUGUUUUAAAUCUCAAGACAAUGGGAACGAGCUUUGCAAUUUUUCGAAUGACAAGGUUUUUCUUUCUUCAUUUUUUCCCUUUCACUCCAGCUACGAAAAACGGAGAUGAGAAAUUAGGAACGUUGGCGAAAAUAAACAAGCUCGUUUGUAAUGGCGCGAAACAAUUUUUUACUUGAGUGACGUUCUCGUUUUUAUCUGCUGUGACAGAUCUCAUUAUUGCUGGAGUAUCUUAUUACGGCUCGGUAGCGGGCGGGAGCCAUUUAAAACGAUCUGGGGUUUAUAUUAUUUAUUAAACGAAAAAGAAAAAAAAAUGGAAACGAAACUCUACGUAUAAUGUGUAUGUUGGAAUGAUACACCGUUGAAAGGGUCUCAUGCCCUAUGUAUGUGUGUACAAUCUGUAAAUUAUUAAUUCUCUACUAAAUUUUCCUAGAGUAGCCUAAUGCAAUAAUAAUUUGAGUAGAGAUUAUAUCCGGUUUUUAUGACUCGGUAUCGGGUUUAAAUGAACUGACCUGUACAUACAGUGUUAAGGUGUAAUAUUAAAAAUAAAAUGAUAUUAAUGCUA